AUGCCAGUGGAUGGACCUGUCAUGGGUCAUGCGACUCUCAACGGGCCGUCGGCCAAAAAAAAUAAGGCCUUUGUUACUACGGACGCACACCGGAGACAGAAGCUUCGACGGGCGCCGGCCGCGGAUGGGUGUCGUCAUGCCCACGGAAGCGCCGAUCGACAUCAACCCCAUCACCAUGGGCGGCUGUUUCUUCGCGACCGUCUGGCCUCUUCCCUUCCUCCUACUACAAAGACGAUGCCUGGCACCUGGAGCGCCAGCGAGCACCUGCGGGUGCUCUCGAGCGCGCUCGAGCUCAGCGCGACGCUGCCGUACACGGCCGGCGUGCACCUGGUCAGCGGCGAUGAUCUGGGGGUGUACUACCACACGGGCGGGGAUGCGGGCGAGACACGGUUCGUCGACUUUUGCGCCCCUGCAGAGGGCGACGUCGCGCAGCUGGCGGCUGCGUGUGCCCCGGCGUCGUUCGGGCUCGGGCCGGCGGACGUGCUGGACGAGCGCUACCGCAAGGCGGGCAAGCUGGACGUCGACAAGUUUGCGGCGCGGCUGGAUGUUGCCGCGAGCGGGAUCCUGGAGGCGGUCACGCCGUAUCUGCUCGACGGCCGUGAUGCGGACGAGCAGGACGCGGUGCUGGUGGCGGAGAUGUACAAGCUGAACGUCUAUGGGCCCGGGUCGUUCUUCAAAGACCACAAGGACACGCCACGCAGCGAGUCCAUGAUUGGCUCCCUCGUAAUUGUGCUCCCCUCGCCCCACACGGGCGGCGCGCUGACACUCUCCCACGGCUCCCAUACGGGGCGCUUCGACUCAAGCGCGCUUCUGUCGGAACACUCAGCCGCGACCCCUUCCGUCGCCUACGUCGCGUUCUACAGCGACGUCGUCCACGCGGUCGAGCCGGUCCUGACCGGGCACCGCGUCACAUUAACCUACAACUUGUUCGUCCGGCCGCGGGCUCGAGCGGGGUACACGCCCGGCAGCCGGAUCGUGCCCGCCCCGGAGCAGGCGCUCGAGACGGCACUUCGGGCCCUCAUCGCCGAGCCCAAGUUCAUGCGCGCGGGCGGGCUGCUCGCGUUCGGGCUCAGCCACCAGUACCCCGCGCGCACCGCGGCGGGGAAGACGGCCAAGGAGAAGGACAAGACCGCGGCAGACACGAUCGACAACGCGGGCGACGAGUUGAACACCGGUUCUCACGCAUAUCUGCGCGGCGUCCUCAAGGGAAAUGACGCGCGCGUGCGGUCGGCCGCGAGCCGCGUGGGGCUCGGGAGCUUCGUGCGGCUUGUGUACGACACGGAGGAGUACAGCUGGAGCAAGCGGAAGCCGCGGCAGGUGAUGGCGGGGAGCCAGAUGGAGCUCGAGUGGCUCGACACGGAGUUCAACAGUCUAAGCCGCGCGAUGAAGCGGCGCGGGCGGGUGCUGGUGGCCCAGGACGCGGCGGGGCACGCGGGGCGGUUGUCCCCGCGCUCGGACGAUGAUGAGGACAUGGAGGAUGAAGAUGAUGGCGACGCAGAGGGCGGGGGCGACCCGGUCGACUGUCAGUGGGUCACUCCCCGGAGGAAGCACAACGAGACGGCGUCGCGGUACAUGGCGACCGGAAAUCAGGCGACGAUCGAGUAUAUCUACGGCGAUGCGGUGCUGUUCGUGGUCGUGCCGCCCCUUGGGAAGAAGGGCACGCCGCGGGAGGAGGUCACACCGUCAGAGAGCGAUGUUGAGGAGGACCCGGAAGUGAAGGGGGGAGAUGACGAGGAGGAAGAUACGAUGGAUGAAGACGAUGAAGAGGAGGAUGAAGAUGAGGACACAGAGUGA